GUUCAUCCACCGUGGACCUGCUCAUCUAUCAGACUCUGUGUUACGCUCAGGACGACCUGGAUCACCUGGACGUGGACCACUACCUGCUGAAGGUCUGCGGACACGACGAGUUCCUCAACAACUCUCAGACUCUGGCCGGUCUGGAGUUUGUUCAGCAGUGUCUGAAGUUUGACUGGGAUGUCCAACUGUUCCUCACCAAGAGAUGUGCCAUCAACACAGAGCUGGCCCGCACGAAAGAAGACGAUGACACGCUGUCCACCAUGAACCACAACAUCCUGCUGCAGGAGCGACCAAUCAAACAGACCGUCACCAGGGAGGCUCUGACUCUGCUGCUCGACACUUUUCAUAACGAAGCCGAGUCCUUCCUGCUGUCAGAGGUUGAGCUGUCGCUGCACGUGGAGCGUCUCGUCCAAUCAGUGAAGGCGCUCUGCAGCUCGUUAGCUGCCGUGGAGACGCCUGACGUUACGUCCGCCCUCAGCCAGCUCCCAGCAUGCCCCUGUCGUCUGCAGCCCAAAGUGCUCAAGGAUGCUUCAGUGCUCGCCAUCAGAGACAACAGAGAGAAAGUGGUGGAGAAGUUGACGGCGGCCAUCUUGGAUCUGGUGGAGCUGUACUGCAGCACGUUCAACGCCAACUUCCACACGACGCCGCAGAGUCAGAGCUGCACGGCGCCCGUUCAGGAGGCGGGCCUCGUCAACAACGUGCUCUCCUUCAGCGUGUACGCCGCUCACCGCAUCCCCAUCACCUGGGCCGCCAGUUACGAGGGCUUCUUCCUGUCCUGCUCUCUGACUCAUGGCGGGGCGGAGCUCUGCGCGCCGCAGCACACCAGCAAACAGUCAGUCAGCAAGUACCUGUUCCACCUGGUGGUGUGGGACCAGAGGGUGUGUUUCCCCGUGCAGAUCAACCAGCUGCCCAGAGAGUCUCAGCUGACGGUGACUCUGUACGCCACCUCUCUGCCGCCCCCCGGUGGAGCGGAGGAGAAGGGGAAGCAGCGGCGCAGCAUCGAGGCGUUAGGUUGGGUCACCAUGCCGCUCUUCAACUUCAGACACGUCCUGACGUGUGGCAGGAAGUUACUGGGCCUGUGGCCUUCAACUCCGGGGAGCGGAAACGCCCGGACGAGCUCGCCCAACUUCAGCCAACCGGACAGCGUGAUCCUGCAGGUGGACUUUCCCACGUCGUCGUUCGAGGUUCGGUUCAGUACUCCUCCUCCUGCUGAUUUCUGUCCUCAGUACGACUUCUCCAGACUGGACACCAUCAGUCAGAUCCAGCUGCAGGACGUCCUGCACAAGAAGGCCUUCUUCUGGUUGACGGUGGAGGAUAAGCGUCUGCUGUGGGAGAAGAAGGCGUUCUGUCAGGCAGAGAGUGCAGCUCUGCCUCUGGUUCUGGCCAGCGCCCCCUGCUGGCAGUGGGCCUGUCUACCCGACAUCUACGCCCUGCUGAGGCAGUGGGCGUGCCUGGGUCACCUGGACGCCCUGGGACUCCUCCACGCCUCGUUCCCGGACCAGGAGCUGAGGAGGACAGCGGUUCAGUGGAUGGACUCGAUCUCAGACCCAGAGCUGCUGGACUUCCUGCCUCAGCUUGUCCAGGCUCUGAAGUACGAGUGCUACCUGGACAGCUCUCUGGUUCGCUUCCUCUUACGGAGAGCCAUCGGAGACGUCCGCAUCGCUCACUACCUCUUCUGGCUGCUGAAGGACACGCUGCAGGACAGUCAGUUCAGCGCUCGCUAUCAGCACCUGCUGGCCGCUCUGCUGUGCUGCGUCGGUCGAGGGCUCCGGGAAGAGUUCGACCGUCAGUGCUGGCUUGUCUCCGUCCUCACCAAGGUGGCUCAUAAGGUCCGAGACGCCACGCCGUCCAGCAGACAGACUGUCCUCAGGGAGGGUCUGGAGGAGAUGAAGCAGUUCUUCACGGUGAACAGCAGCUGCAGACUUCCUCUGAACCCGGCGCUGCUCGUCACAGGAAUCAAGAUCCAGUCGUGUUCGUUCUUCAACUCAAACGCCGUCCCUCUCAAACUGUCCUUCCAAAACCUCGACCCUCUGGGAGACAACAUCAGCGUCAUCUUCAAGUCAGGGGACGACCUGCGGCAGGACAUGCUGACUCUGCAGGUGAUCCGCAUCAUGAACAAGAUCUGGAUCCAGGAGGGUCUGGACAUGAGGAUGGUCAUCUUCAAAUGUUUCUCCACGGGCAGAGGACGAGGUAUGGUGGAGAUGAUUCCUCAAGCUGACACUUUGAGGAAGAUACAGGUGGAACAUGGAGUCACCGGGUCCUUUAAAGACAGAACGCUGGCUGACUGGCUGCAGAAACACAACCCUUCAGACGAGCAGUACGACAAGGCCGUGGAGAACUUCAUCUACUCGUGUGCCGGCUGCUGCGUGGCGACCUACAUCCUGGGUAUCUGCGACCGCCACAACGACAACAUCAUGCUGAAGACCAGCGGUCACAUGUUCCACAUCGACUUCGGGAAGUUCCUGGGACACGCGCAGAUGUUUGGAAACAUCAAACGGGACCGCGCCCCCUUCGUGUUCACCUCCGACAUGGCGUACGUCAUCAACGGAGGAGACAAACCGUCGAGCCGCUUCCACGACUUUGUGGAUCUGUGCUGCGAGGCGUACAACCUCAUCAGGAAACACGCACACCUGUUCCUCAACCUGCUGGGCCUGAUGUUGUCCUGUGGGAUCCCUGAACUGUCCGAUCUGGAGGAUCUGAAGUACGUGUACGACGCGCUGAGACCGCACGAGUCUGAGGCCGACGCCACCAUGUACUUCACCAGGUUGAUCGAGUCCAGCCUCGGCAGCGUCGCCACCAAACUCAACUUCUUCAUCCACAACCUCGCUCAGAUGAAGUUCGCCUCGUCCGAGGAUCGCCCCGCGCUCUCCUUCGCCCCCCGAGUCCACACGGCGAAGAGUGACGGCGUGAUCAGGAGCCUCUACAUCUGCAGACACAUCCGCACGACCAGCAAAGGAUACGCGUUCGUUGUGAAGGUGGAGCGUGAAGGUCAGCAGGAGGUCACGCUGGUUCAGAGGACGUUUGAAGAGUUUCAUGAACUUCACAGCAAACUGAGACUCAUCUUCCCCUCAUCCAAACUGCCCAGUUUCCCCAGCCGCUUCGUGAUUGGUCGGUCCCGUGGUGAGGCGACAGCUGACAGGAGGAAGGACGAGCUGAACGGUUACGUGUGGCACUUGAUCCACGCCGCCCCCGAGGUCGCUCAGUGUGACCUCGUCUACUCCUUCUUCCACCCGCUGCCCCGAGACGAGACACCAGGAAGUACACCCAGCAAACCAGCAGAGGUGACGUGGACCCCACCUUCAGGGAAAGAGCUCGGCGAGGUCAAACUGUCGAUCUCCUACAAGAACGACAAACUCUUCAUCAUGGUCAUGCACAUACGAGGACUGCAGCCCCUGCAGGACGGCACCGACCCGGACCCCUACGUGAAACUGUACCUCCUCCCAGACCCCCAGAAGACCAGCAAGAGGAAGACCAAGGCGGCUCGACGCACCUGUAACCCCACCUACAACGAGAUGCUGGUGUACGAGCGGAUCCCUCGGGGCGACCUGGACCAGAGGGUGAUCCACCUGCGGGUUCUGGGCGAUGGAGCGUUCUGGGAGAACACACUGCUUGGAGAGACCUUCAUCCCCCUGAAGAGGCUGGUCCCCGGUCAGCACUGGGUCGACUGGCACCAGCUGGGUGCCGCCAGCUCAGACUCCGCCCACUGAGGGACAGGAAACAGGAAGUGUAGGAGAAGAAGAAGAGAGCCAGUUCUCCCUGAGAGAAGAUAAAAGUAAAAGCCGUGUGGCUGAUCCUUCCUCUGUGUUUGAGGGAGCUGAAGGUUUAGAGUUUAAAGCUUCAGAUUAACUUCACUGAAACCAUCAGGAUAACGAUUUUAGUUUCUUUCUGGAUCGCAGACUGAAAAUCAGAGUUUUGUUUUUAAUUUAUUGGAUUAAAAAUGACACUAAUUUAUGAAGUUUAAAGUCAGUGAGGCAGAUUUAUUCCAUGAUGAGAUCCUUUAACAAACUGUCCAAUGAAAUCACAAGUUAAACUAACUAAGUAUUAAUGUUUUCACAAUAACUUAAAAUAAUGGAGCAAAAAUCAAACUUUAUCGAUACCAGUUUGAUACCACAACAACAGCAAAAGAGUCCUAGGCACCAAACAUGGGCUCGCAUGGGACCUCCUGCACACCAGGGCCAUCAGUUUUUAUUUUUAAGUCGAACAUUAAUUUGAACCUGGAAGAGAAAGUUCACAAUCGAACUGUAACGAGAUGUUCAAAUUCAAAACAUAAAGAUUAUCAGUGAAUCAGGCGGCCUGCAGUUUGAUCCAGCAGAGGGCGCUCUCAUUGCCAUCACUAAAUGAAGACAUUAAUGUUGUGACAAAAGCAACGGCGGCGUGAGUCAGGAUGUGCAAACUUACAGACAGCAGCCCACUGAUUGGUGGAGAGACAAACCUGAAACUCUCCAAGCUGGCUCGCAAACAUUUGAGUACCAGGAACGUCUGUGAGGUCUGAACGGGUGUUUUCGUCGGCGAGUAAUAUUGUGAAUAUAAAGAGAGCUGCACUGGAUCCUGAUCUAGCUUCAGAGUGUUUCAGGCUCAGUGUUGCAUCAGUUUGGUAAAAAUUAAGCAAUGAAAAUGUUUUGUGUGCCGCAGCGACAUCAAAGUGUCGUGUUCUAAAUCCUUUUGAAUUCGAGUUUUUGGACAAAGUGACAGGACGACUGCACACUGCUUAAAACUGCAACGUCUUUGUACAACUCUCUCUCUCUUUUGGUGAAAUUAUGACUGAAGAUUGUUUAAAUCUUCUUAAAGUUUAGAUCGACUGUUGGUAAACUUGUGGUAUCAAAAAGUAUCAAAGUCUCGAAACAUUUUGCAGACUUUACUAGAUAUUAAUUUCAUGUUGGUUCAAAUUAAACAAAACAUGGGAACAUUUUUGUUGCAGUUUUAACCCCUUGUGAUCCAGUCUGUUGUAUGCAGAUAUGAGAUGUACAGACGCUCUGCACUCAGCCUGAAUCAAGGGUUUAUGUUGAGGAGACGACAGAUUCAGGCGUUUCUUGUCAAAACACUCUGAUGAUGAUUAAGACGACCUCCUCUGGGUCAGUGGUUCUUAACUGGUGAAGCCUCAGGAACCUCCGACACCUCCUAAACAACCAAAUCCCAACACAAACCUCGAAACGUUUUCAAAAGUAUUUCAUGAAAUUCAUCGGUGUCAUAUUUCGAUUCGGCCGUGCUACCUUAUAAUUCGUCGUCUUCUUCUCUUGUCAUUUAAAGGCAGAUGAUUUGACCUUCUACACAUUUUUGCCACUACUUUUGUGUCCCUUGCGCGACCCCUAAAAAACACUUUUGGGUCCCGCCCCACCAGUUGAGAACCAUGGCUCUAGAUGGAAAAAUAUUCACUGACUUUACUUCAGUUUUGAUUUCUCAGCGAUUACUUUUUUUUCUUGCUGUGUGCACAUUACUCAGAUGAAUGUGAGGUGUUGUUACCGUCACAUUUUACUUUCUUGAAUACAGUCAGAAAUGGUCUGUGAGGUCCUGCAUCAUAUCAGAAGAAUGAACCCCGUUCUUUGUCCUGUUGAGUCAUUUUCCAGGAUUUUCCAGGACUGAAAAGCUUCAUUUAAAGAUUUCCAGAAACAUUUUUUUUGCAGCUUUUUGUGUCUGGAGAAUAAAGACGUGGUCAGUAUGAGCCGUCAAACACAAACAAACUGAGAAAACGUGUACAGAAGAAGAUUUUUAACCUUGUGAGCUGCAGUGUGUGUUGUUGUGUGUACAGAGCUUUAGCAUUAAUGUUGCUAACAGGGAGUAGCUGAAGCGGCGCAUGUGUACAGACAGUUAGCAGACUGCAGGAUAUUUUUAUAGUGAGGGUGUGUGGAUUGGAUUUUCUAUCUGUGGUGCAUGAGAGCUUCUUACAGUCUGACAGAUCCCGCCUGCAGGAGGCGCUGCUGCUCACUUUGCCUUUCAGCUCACCAUGCUCCCAUUUCUGUUCCUACAUUUCAUUCCAUUGUUUUUUUUCUUUUUAAUCCUCUCUGUGUGUGAUUUUUGUACUUUUUAAGAAAGAUUUUGUGUCCAUUUUUAAAACUGCCUCUGUGGGUUUCUAAUAAUCCAGGUUGCGGUGAAUCUUAAAGGGGACUGAGCGAUUUCCUGCACGUUGUUUUUGCGCUGUAGACGAGACAAAGCGAGGGGGUGAAACUGCAGGAAACAAACUCUCCUCACCUGAACUGUUCAACGCUCUCGUCCUAAAUGUGCAACAUGGUUAAAAACCCC